ACACACACACACACACUCGGACGCACGGAGGAGACCGACGAGAGAUCCCCCGGUCCAACGGCGCCAAUUUAAUGGAUCCGAGCAUCGGUUGGUACCAACCGGAGCAGUACGGCCCCGCCAAGGACCUUUGGUUGCACAUCUGGGAGGCCGAGAAGGGCCUCGACGUUCUGACCCUGCGUAACGACGCGAACACGAGUAAUGCGAUGGGCGUGCGGCUGCAGCAGGACUUCCUCGCGCUGGACACGAGCCCGGCGGCGGCGACGACGACCGCGGCCGGCACCACAGCGCCGUCAUCCAACACCAUCGCCGCCGUUAACAACGCCGGUGCCGGCUUUGGCGCUGGUAAUAACGGCAACAGCAACGGCGGCAGCGGCAGUAGCAACGGUAGCAACGGCCGGGCCGCGUCCGCCGUUCACGGCAAUGCUGCCGGCAACAACGGCAACAACGGCAACGAGCACCGCGUGCCCCACAACGCCUGCAACUACUAUUACAACCCGUCGCGCAGGAAAGGCGAGAACCGGGCGAGCACCUACGGCAUGAACUACAAUUACGACGCCCUCGUGGGCGAGUACGGCGGCUGCCCCUGGCGCAUGCCGAACAAGCACUACUCCAUGGGGACGAUCGGAUUACACGAGGAAAUAGAAGAUUUUUUCUCAUACAUGUGUCCCUCACACGAAGAGCAUGUAUUAAGAUUGAGAGUUGUAAAAAGGAUAGAAAACGUAAUUUAUGAUCUCUGGCCAGACUCUAAAGUCGAAGUAUUCGGUAGCUUUCGCACUGGUUUAUAUUUGCCUACAAGUGAUAUAGAUUUGGUAGUAAUAGGGAUGUGGACAAAUCUUCCAUUGCGUACUUUGGAACGUGCUUUACUAGAUCAAAACAUCGCUGAGCCGUGUUCUAUUAAAGUGUUGGACAAGGCCAGCGUGCCGAUCGUCAAACUGACCGACAAGGAAAGUGAGAUUAAGGUAGACAUUAGCUUCAAUAUGAAUAACGGCGUCAAGUCCGCCGAGUUGAUAAACUCCUACAAGAAGCAAUAUCCGGUUCUGGAGAAGCUAGUCAUGGUAUUGAAGCAGUUCCUGCUACAAAGAGAUCUUAAUGAAGUGUUCACCGGCGGUAUAUCCUCGUACAGUUUAAUACUCAUGACCAUCAGUUUUUUACAAUUACAUCCGAGAAAGGAUAUUCAUUGUCCAAAUACCAAUCUGGGAGUGUUGUUGAUUGAAUUUCUAGAGCUGUAUGGUAGAAAGUUCAAUUAUGUUAAGACUGGCAUUCGCAUAAAGGAUGGCGGUCAAUAUAUAUCGAAAGAAGAGAUUCAACGAGAUAUGAUAGAUGGUCAUCGACCAUCUCUGUUGUGCAUAGAAGACCCGCUCACACCCGGGAACGAUAUCGGCCGUAGUAGUUACGGUGCUUUGUAUGUAAAGAGUGCAUUUAAUUGGGCCUAUUGUAUUCUCUCUCAAGCGGCCAAUCCCUCAAAUAUCUUAAUCAAUGACGCCAGUAAAGUAAGCAUACUGGGAAGAAUAAUCCGUGUGACCGACGAGGUAAUAGAAUAUCGUAGAUGGAUCAAAGAAACAUUCCUCUUACCCGUAAGCGAAGGAGACUCUCUGUCAAGCUCAACUGGCUCUGAUGCAUCCACUCUUUCAGCUCCCGCUAGUGAUACGGAUUCUGAGUGUAGUCGUGGCAAUUCACCAAAUACUGGUGGGAAGAGCGAAAACGACAGAAACAAAGAUAGGCUCUUUUAUAAUAAUCACCAAAUCCAUUAUUCCGGAAGAAAAGCAUUCAAAGCAACCACUCAUGCCAAUCACCAACAGAAUUUCAAAGGCAGUUAUAAUCGCAUCAACAACAAUAUAGUUGGUCAGAACAAGACCAAGCAUGCGCUUCACAGUAAUGGAAACAACAACAACAACAAUAACAACAACAACAAUACUAGUCACAGUCCAGGCUCUAGGCCGCAAUCGAUGAAGAGGAAGAAGCAUUGCACGAUGCAACGUGGGACCGGGGAUUGUGUACGGUGAUGAAACGUGCACGAUAAUUUUGGACAUUACUUCCGUCACUUAAGUAGCGAGCUCAAUAUCAUAACUGUGUGAUAGAAAAGACAGCGAUUAAUGGUCGGUAAUUGUAAUAACUGGAAUCAUCCUAUGCGACUACUAUUUCGCUUUCAGUUUCAGUUUCAAUGUACAGAAGGGCACAACGGUUUACGGUUCGGAGAGAACCAACAUUUCGGAAAUUUUACUUAUUCUUGUGCAGAACAAGAAUGCUCGAGAGCAGUAGCUAUACAUAUAAUACAUAUUUCUUGUUCUCCCCCCCCCUCUCCAAGUUGCCAGAAUCAUAUUUUGCUCUGUACGCAAGAGUUUAUAUGUUAAAGACGUACAGAACUUUUUAAUUGAGAAGCGAGAUAAGAACCAUUUAUAUAUUUUACUUUCAUUGCACAGGUUAUAAAAACGUUACCCGGUGUAAUAAUACUUUAUUAAUUAUCACUUAUUUAAAAAAAAUUUGGAAAAAUUUAUCAUUGCCAUCGUCGAAUAGUAAUUGUGUUCACAGCCAUAAUGAGUAACAUUGUAAUACAUUUAAAGUACGAAUAGUAUACACAGAUGAUAAUAAGUUAUAGUACGUUUUUCUCAACACACGAAACUAAAACACCGAUAGUGACAACAAAAAAAAACUUAGUUUUCUAUAUGAAACUAUAUUCUUAUAACAGAAGGGCGACAGCAAAUUUGGUGAUAUUGGACACUUAUACCUAAUGUACAUAUUGUAACAUACAUUAUCAAACAUAGAGAAGUAAGUCUAAGAGUUACCUACUACAAAUUUUUUUUAACUUAUCUAAAUAUCUAAAAAUAGCGUUUAUUAUAGUGAUUUUAUCAUAAAAUAUUCGUGGAGAAAGCCAUAUCUAUUUAAAAGUAUACUAUUUUUUUGUUUUUUUUCUCUACAAAGCAUUAAUAUAUCGUUGUUGAACAAUUUUGGAUGUUUUUCAGAUUUUAAUAAAAUUGCAGAUUUACGCGCGAGUAUAAUUACGAUGGUAAACAAAAAAAAUAUAUAUUAAAUUUCGAAUAACAAUAUUUUUUAAAAAGUAGCUUAUUAUCAAGACAGUGAUGACACGCUUCGAAUCUUCGCAGUCUAUUUCGUAGCAACAAUUUUUUUUUUCUUUUGCAAAUUAGCUUUACCUAUCUUCUUUUGUACAGAGACGCCAGUUUCUUAAUGUUAGUUCAUAAUUCUUAAUAUCAUCUGAACAAUGAUGUAUUAUUUUUAUAUCAGAUAAUUAAAACGAAAAAAAAAACAGGAAAAGUUUGUAUACAAAGGGAAGAAAAAAACGAAGAACCUGAUAUUUAUGAAUCUUACAUUGCAUUUGAUGAAACUUAUGUAUAUGACAAUACGCGAAAAGGCCUUGACAUUACUUAAAAAAAAAAAAGCUCUGUAUGUUACGUUCAUCGAUCAUGAUAGACAUAGCUCAUUAUUAAAAAAAAAAAACAUUACAUUCCGUUGACGCAAUAAUUAAUAAGACAGAAUAGAGUGCUUAUCGCAAGCAAAUCUCACUUCGAAUGACAUCAGAUCAAAGUCCCUUCUGGUGCUACUGCAUUUUUGUGUUCAACGACUUUUAAUGUGCGAUGUAAAGAUCUAUCUCUGUAAUUGUUUAAUUUAGCCACGUGAAUUGAGGAUGUUUAGCUGUUUUUAAAUUAUACAAAACACCCAGUAUUCCGUGUAUAUUAUUUAACUUAAAAGCUCUUUCAUAUGUAAUAUUGUACGCUGUGAUUGAAUUUAAUAAUUAAAUUGUCAAUUGCUUAAAGAUAUAUAUAAAUAUAUAUAAAUAUAUAAUUUAAAUGUUAUUGUAAAGCAUUAUAUAAAGCCAUACUACAUUUUUAAAAGGAACUAUGUAAACUAUUAUUAUCGCUUAGUGAUCCUCGACAAAAAUUACGUGUUUUUUUUAUAAAUAUCAGAAUUUCGUAAAAUCAUUGAAGGUUUGAUAACGAAACUUCGUGAUCACUCAUAUUUAUCGAAUUUCCCCGGACCUGUAAGAAAAAAUGCGCAAAAAAAGAUGAAAAGGUUUAAUAAAUAUGAAUGAUGCCGAUAUCUGAUCUUAAAUUAUUUCUCGUUUGUAUAUUUUUAAGGGAAACGAUUUUACCUCGUAUAUAGCCAUCAUUUAAGACCAGCUAAACCGUUUGUGAAAUUUCUCUCUCGAUAUAGCAAUAUAAUACUCUGUAUUUUCCAAAAAUUUUGAUAGUCAUUGUAUAUUUAUAUUUGUGUGAGUAUAUUUUUAAAUAAGCAAUAAUAUAACAAAUGUAACGCGAUCGGUGAUACCGUUUUACCAUUAUAGAAUUGUAACUGUCGUCGUUUCACACAGCCGUUACAUCGAGAUUGUAAAAAAUAUUUAACUGGCGCAUUACUGAAAGUUCGUAAUUGUGUAACUGCGAAUUUUCAGAAAGUACAGGCAACAAUACAGUUACCCGUACUUUAGUAAUGUCUUUUUUUGAAUAAAAAAAAAAGCUUUCGCGAGGAGAAAGGAAAGUGAGAUAGCAAGCAGCAUGCGGACUAGACCGUUAUGAAUUUUUAGAAGACGAGACCGGCAACAAUUUGUACUUAAUAAUUGUCUACUCACUCUACUCGUAAGUUUGUACAUGUAUGUUUAAUUCGAGGCAAGAUGUGUGGAAAAAAAUGUACAGAAACGAAAUAAAUCUUACUUACCUUUUUCUUCAAUCGA